AUGAAUUCACACAAUCCCCUUAGUACAGAAGAAGCCAAUGCGGCCAGCUGGGAAGCAGCAAAGGGAGGUGGUAAAGGAGCUGCGAAAUGGGGCGCGGGCGCGCUUAUUCUCGCCGCCGUCGGCCAUGUUUGGUCACCCGUCUAUCGAGGCACCACGGUGCAGUUCAAAGUAUUCGUUCAAAUGUCCGCUAUGGUUCUCGGCGGCAUGAUCGAGGCUGAUCACAGCAUCCGCCUGUACGAGCACCAGAUGCGCAUGCAAAGGCGCGUCCAGAGGGAGCAGGCCAAGUGGCAACGCUACCAGGACGAGUUUAUCCAGUCCAACAGCAACAGCAACAGCAACAAUAGCAAAUGA